AUGCUGCCCGACGGCGGCGGCGACGACGAGGAGCGCUGGCUCGCCGAGGGCAUCGCCGGCGUCCAGCAGAACGCCUUCUACAUGCACCGCGCCCUCGACUCGAACAACCUCAAGGACGCGCUCAAGUACUCGGCGCAGAUGCUCUCGGAGCUGCGCACCUCCAGGCUCUCCCCGCACAAGUACUACGAGCUAUACAUGAGGGCGUUUGAUGAGAUGCGGAAGCUGGAGAUGUUCUUCAGGGAGGAGACCCGCCGGGGCAGCUGCUCCGUGGUUGACCUCUACGAGCUUGUUCAGCAUGCUGGCAACGUGUUGCCGAGACUUUAUCUGCUCUGCACAGUAGGAUCUGUGUACAUUAAAUCAAAAGAGGCUCCCGCUAAAGAUGUUCUGAAAGAUCUUGUUGAAAUGUGUCGGGGCAUUCAACAUCCUCUUCGUGGACUUUUCCUAAGAAGUUACCUCUCUCAGAUAAGCCGAGACAAGCUACCUGAUAUUGGUUCAGAGUAUGAAGGGGAUGCUGAUAGCAUUAAUGAUGCAGUUGAAUUUGUUCUUCAGAAUUUCAUAGAAAUGAACAAACUCUGGGUUCGGAUGCAGCAUCAGGGGCCUGUUCGGGAGAAGGACAAGCGGGGGAAGGAAAGAAAUGAACUGCGUGAUCUGGUAGGCAAAAACCUUCACGUUCUAAGCCAAAUCGAAGGCGUUGACCUUGAAAUGUACAAAGAGAAUGUUCUUCCAAGGAUAUCAGAACAGGUAGUUAAUUGUAAGGACGAUCUUGCACAGUUCUACCUGAUGGACUGCAUAAUCCAAGUCUUUCCAGACGAAUACCAUCUACAGACAUUGGAAACAUUGUUGAGUGCCUUUCCCCAGCUACAGCCAAGUGUUGAUAUCAAAACGGUGCUAUCUCAACUCAUGGACAGAUUGUCAAACUAUGCUGCCACAAGUCCUGAAGUACUGCCAGAGUUUUUGCAAGUCGAAGCUUUUGCGAAGUUCAGCAAUGCUAUUGGAAAGGUGAUAGAAGCUCAAGUUGACAUGCCGGUUGUUGGAGCAGUAACUUUAUAUGUAUCACUCCUUACAUUUACUCUCCGCGUGCAUCCAGAUCGGCUUGAUUAUGUUGACCAAGUGCUGGGUGCAUGCGUGAAGAAACUUUCUGGCAAGGAAAAACUUGAAGAUAGCAGAGCAACGAAGCAAAUUGUUGCACUUCUUAGUGCUCCCCUGGAGAAAUAUAGUAAUAUUGUUACUGCAUUGGAGCUUUCAAAUUAUCCCCGGGUAAUGGAUUAUCUGGAUAAUGCUACAACAAAAGUGAUGGCUCUGGUAAUAAUUCAAAGCAUAAUGAAGAACACAACUUGCAUAUCUACUUCCGACAAGAUCGAGGCUCUUUUUGAUUUAAUUAAGGGCCUUAUAAAAGAUAUGGAUGGGGCUCAAGAUGAUGAGCUUGAUGAAGAGGAUUUUAAGGAGGAGCAGAAUUCUGUAGCACGCCUUAUUCACAUGUUGCACAAUGAUGAUCACGACGAGAUGUUGAAGAUCUUAUGUACUGUUCAGAAGCAUAUACUUCAGGGAGGUCCCAAGCGUCUACCUUUCACUGUGCCGUCGUUAGUAUUCUCCGCUCUCAAGUUGGUCAGACGAUUACAAGGUCAAGAUGGAGAUGUCACUGGGGAGGAAGUUCCCGCAACCCCUAAGAAGAUAUUUCAGAUCUUGCAUCAGACUAUUGAAGCACUCCAAUGUAUUCCUUGUCCAGAAUUGUCUCUCAGAUUAUAUCUACAAUGCGCAGAGGCUGCCAAUGAUUGUGAUUUGGAACCGGUUGCUUAUGAGUUCUUUACUCAAGCAUUCAUCUUAUAUGAAGAAGAAAUAGCGGAUUCUAAGGCUCAAAUUACUGCACUUCACCUAAUAAUUGGAACCCUUCAGCGGAUGAAUAUAUUUGGGGUGGAAAAUAGAGACACCCUCACUCAUAAGACAACAGGGUACUCAGCAAAACUUCUAAAGAAGCCUGAUCAAUGCCGGGCAGUCUAUGCAUGUUCACACCUUUUCUGGACUGAUGACCAAGAUGGAAUCAUGGAUGGUGAAAGGGUCCUCCUUUGCUUAAAGCGUGCCUUGAGAAUUGCAAAUGCUGCUCAACAAAUGGCCAAUGUAUCAAAGGGAAGCAGCGGAUCUGUCAUUCUAUUCAUUGAAAUUUUGAACAAGUAUCUGUACUUCUUUGAGAAAGGAAUUCCACAAAUCACGAACACUGUCAUCCAAGAUUUGAUCGAACUGAUCAGGACAGAGAAGCAAAAUGACAGCAGUGCAUCUGAUCCAUCUGCCGAAGCUUUCUUUGCAAGCACUCUACGAUACAUUGAAUUCCAGAAGCAGAAAGGUGGAAGCAUAGGAGAAAAGUAUGAACAGAUAAAAGCUUCGUAACUCGAGACAAGUAGGGCAUUGCGACAAGGGGUUUCCAUUUUGUCUGAGAGAAAGCAAGCUCUUUUUUUUUGGUGAUGUGUUGAGUGAAAACACAACCUGAUGGUUUCAGCUGCCUCCGACCGAGAGAUGUCUGCACAGUUGUGGUUUCUGAAUCUCAUGCUCAAAUCGGUGCAUGCCCACCCUUUAGCUACAAUGUUUGGGUUACUUACUACAGUUGAUCAGGUGGUAAUAAGCUGUACUCUUUGGGAAGCUCAGGUCUGUACAGGAUACUUGUGUACCGGAGUGCCAUUGUUGUAUAUUCCUUUUUCUCUAGUUAUUUCGCAAAGCGUGUGAAUUUUAGGUGGACACUCGGAGUACAUAUUUUUAUUUAUCAGACUGGUGUUUUGAUUAAUUUAUAGUGAUGAAGGCAUUGAAUUUAGAACUAUAUAUUUA